GAGCGCUCAGACCAGCCCUACCUUAUCAACAGUACUCCAUUCCCCCAGGCAGACCAAUAACGCGCAGGUUAACGCUCCACCAUCUCAACAGCGGGAGAAACUGAAUAUAUAAGGACAUUUCUGUUGUUUUCACCGUCCGACAUUUGCAUCUUGAGUUUUGGGCUGCUUUUUCUCGGGGAUAACUAAGCUGACCUUUUUUUUUAUUUUUAUUUUUCCCCCAUCUGGUUGAAUUUUGCUCUGACAUGGAAAUGAGAUGUGGUCCGGCGGUGCUGUGCUGUGUUUUUGCCGUGCUGUGCUCUCUUCUCUGCCGGUCUCUGGGCUCUCCGUUCACGGACAGGCAGUACCUGAACGAGUGGGCAGUGGAGAUUCCCGGCGGGCUCACCGUAGCCCAGGCGAUCGCCAGGGAGCUCAACUACGAGCUGGUCCGACAGAUUGGGGCCCUGGAAGACCUUUAUUUACUCAAACACCGCAAUCAUCCUCACAGGAUGAAACGCAGCGCCGAACACAUCACCAAGCGCCUGUCAGAGGAUGAUCGGGUGUUGUGGGCAGAGCAGCAAUAUGAAAAACGACGCAGCAAGCGAGCAGCCCUUAGGGAGUGCAGGGACUGCUCGGUAGAUAAGCUGUUUGAUGAUCCCAUGUGGAACCAGCAGUGGUAUCUGCAAGACACACGGACGUCAUCGUCGCUGCCGAAGCUGGACCUGCAUGUGAUCCCUGUGUGGCAGAAAGGCAUCACAGGAAAAGGAGUGGUCAUCACCGUUCUUGAUGACGGGCUGGAGUGGAACCACACGGAUAUCUACUCCAACUACGAUCCAGCUGCCAGCUAUGAUUUCAACGACAAUGACCCAGACCCUUUUCCGAGAUAUGACUCCACCAAUGAAAACAAGCAUGGCACCAGAUGUGCAGGAGAGAUUGCUAUGCAAGCAGACAACAAUAAAUGUGGAGUUGGAGUGGCGUACAACUCAAAAGUUGGCGGGAUCCGUAUGCUGGAUGGGAUAGUGACUGAUGCCAUAGAGGCCAGCUCCAUUGGAUUCAAUCCAGAACACGUGCACAUUUACAGUGCCAGUUGGGGACCCAAUGAUGAUGGCAAGACAGUGGAGGGUCCUGGUCGUCUGGCCCAGAAGGCUUUUGAAUAUGGCAUUCAGAAGGGUCGUGGUGGGAAAGGAUCUAUCUUUGUUUGGGCAUCAGGGAAUGGCGGCCGCCAGGGUGAUAACUGUGACUGUGACGGCUACACAGACAGCCUUUACACCAUCUCAAUCAGCAGUGCGUCCCAGCAGGGCCUGUCCCCCUGGUACGCUGAGAAGUGUUCCUCCACGCUGGCGACGGCGUACAGCAGUGGAGACUACACUGACCAGAGGAUUACGAGUGCGGAUCUGCACAAUGAGUGCACUCAGACUCACACUGGGACCUCAGCUUCUGCACCGCUGGCUGCUGGAAUAUUCGCCCUGGCUCUGGAACAAAAUCCCGAACUUACCUGGCGAGAUCUACAACACAUCGUGGUCUGGACAUCCGAGUUUGAUCCUUUGGCCAAUAAUCCUGGCUGGAAGAAGAACGGAGCUGGGUUGAUGGUUAACAGUCGCUUUGGUUUUGGACUCCUUAAUGCCAAAGCUCUGGUGGACCUCGCUGAUCCAGCCACCUGGAAGCAUGUGCCAGAAAAGAAGCAAUGCAUUGUCAGAGACGAUUCCUUUCAGCCACGGGAGCUGAAAGCAGCGGGGGAGAUCACUAUAGAGAUUCCAACCAAAGCCUGCGCGGGGCAGGAGAACGCUAUCGGCUCACUGGAGCACGUGCAGGUGGAAGCCAGUAUCGAGUACACCAGAAGAGGAGAUCUGCACAUCACACUCACCUCCCCAGCUGGUACAACUACAGUUCUUUUGGCUGAGCGUGAAAGGGACACGUCAUCUAAUGGCUUCAGAAAUUGGGACUUCAUGUCUGUCCAUACAUGGGGAGAAGAUCCUGCUGGUACCUGGACCCUAAAAAUCACAGAUACUUCUGGCCGCAUGGAGAAUAAAGGACGGAUCCUGAACUGGAAGCUGAUUCUCCACGGAACGUCAGAGAAACCAGACCACAUGAAGAAAUCCCGCGUGUACAUCCCUUACAACGCCGUGCAGAAUGACCGGCGCGGUGUGGAGCAUAUGGAUGAAAUGAUGGAGGAGCCCACACAGGCUCACCCUCUUCUGAAGACUGAGGCUGUUCAAGCCUCUCCUUCAAAUCCUGAGAAGGAACCCAAAACGGCCUCAAACUCCUCUCUCUCUUCCUCCGUGGCCCUACUGCGUCUCCUCCAGACGGCCUUCAACCGGCAGCCCCCGGCUCUGCAGCAGCACCAGACUUUAGCACGGUCCUCCGCUGCUCUGAGGAAGCAGCAACCGGGCCAGAGCCUCUCCCUACCCGACCCCAGACUCCCACUGCAAAAGCUGUCCCAGGCCCUGGACUUGAUCAAUAAGCACCGGAGCCCCGAGGACAACAUCUACAAUGACUACAGCGAUGGCUUCUACAACGCCAAGCCAUACAGACACAGGGAUGACCGACUGAUUCAGGCCCUGUUUGAGAUGCUGGAUGAAAACUGGAAGUGAGAGUGAGGAGGUGAGGAGAAACACGAGGAAGAGAUGGAGCAUGGUGUCGGUUUGGGAGUGGAGGAACACGGUGAAGGGGUGAAAGAAAGCAAACUAGUGGGUCUGGGAAAGUCUAGAAGAAUAUACGAAAUACCCAAAAUGCUGCAUUUCUGAUCUAUUUAUCUAUUUCAGUCCUUCAUUUGAACAUGCAACAUGUCCUUAUAUGAUUCAAAAUAUGGACUUAUUCAGAGCCUCUGUGCUGUAAAAUGUCUCUUCAUGUGGUGAAUACAAAAGCAUUUAACCAGAAGAAAGGAGGAUGAUUGUGGCCUUGUCUCUCUUUUCAGUACCCGUCCAAGCAUGCCACCUUCAGAAUGUAAGUUUUGUAAUAGUAUCUAUAUCUAUAUGUCACUCCGAGAGAGACUGUCAACUGAAAAACAAACAAAGAUUGUAAUGUGGUUAUUUAUAAGUCCAUUUCUACAGUUAUUGUUAGUGUUACACACUAUAACAUGACGUUUACUUCACCCCGUUUGAAUAGACACAGAGUCUAAAACCUAAAAUGGAGUCAUUGAAUAAGAAAUAUAUUUGAAAUGUUCUUAGUUUCAAACUGAUCUUCUAAUCAUCAACGUUUUAAAUGUGUUGACAAAAGACAUAUUCUCAGGGUGUCAACAAAGCUCAAGAGAAUGACAUAUUUUCUGUACUCUUCAAAGUAUUCAGAAAAAUAUAAUUAUUUUGAAAUAUUUACUCCAAGGAGAUUGUAUAGUCAUGCUUGAAAUCAGUGUAAGAACAGUAAACUUUAAGAGAAAGAAAAUUGCCGUUGAUUAAAAAAAUAAGAGAAUAAUUUAUUGUGCAAUUUCUGGAUUUUUUUUUUGCAAUGUGCAAUGCUGCAUUAAAGGAAAUAUUUUUCUAAGGAUCCAUUGUAGCCUAUGGAAUAACAUUUACAACGCCAAACCCUUUUAACAAUAUUUUUUAUGGUGGUCCAGUUCUUAUCAGUACUUAUCUGCAAAGUGGGUGUAGUUAUAACUACAUGCAAACACUGCCAAACACUUUGUUGUGCAGAAGCUUCUUUUCACUGACUGUACAAAUGACCAAAAUGUUGUUUGUCCAUCAUGCGUUUACACAUCAAUAAAUGAAAAGGCCUCUUUGGAUCCUUGACAAGUUAAUAUUUGCAACUGAAGCAUUUCUCUGGUGUUAAACAUCUGGCAUCAAUGCAGCAGCUCCAUCACACGGACGCUGCCCUAAAGCUCUGUUGAAUAGACGAUCAGCACCGCAACAUUCACGCACAUCCAUGUUGAACGCCUUAAUUUAUGCCGUAGCAAAUGUGGGUACUCAUCUCUAUGUGGUAUAGAUCAAUUUACAGAUACUUGUUGAACUGUUUGUGGCAAUAAUUGCUAAGGAGGAUUGAUGGAGAGUCUCUAUUUUCCAGCUUGGACCGGUCUGCCCCACUUCUCCGCCCACAAAGUGACAGGAAAAAGAUGUUUGGGAAAAAGCUUUCCAUGCUACCUGUGAUUUCCCCCAUUAUUUAGAGUAGCCUGUGUUGUUUUUUGCUUUUUUUUUGACUGAUUCUUCAGUCUAAAAUUGUUUACACAAACCAUUAUGAUAUAUUUUGUUGCAAUUUCUGUAUGGAUGUCUAAAAGAUGAGAUUUAUCAAAAUAAAA